CCCUCCAGGGCGAGCGGCGGGAGCCCGCGGGCGUCGUCUCCCCGCGCGAUGUUCUCGGCAGGAGCGGAGAGUCUGCUCCACCAGGCCAGGGAGAUCCAGGAUGAGGAGCUGAGGAAGUUCUCUUCCCGGAUCAGUAAACUGCUGCAGAAGGAGGACUGGAGGCCCGAAGCCAUUGAUGGCCUGCGGAGGCUCUUCCUCAUCAUCUCUGCCACAAAAUACCCCAGGAAGCUGGAGAAGACGUGUGUGGACCUGCUGCAGGCUGGCCUCUGCUCACCCACCUGCCCUGAGCAGCACCAGGUUCUGUGCGCUGCCAUCCUGAGAGAGAUGUCGCCCUCCGGCAGCCUGAGCCUGUCCUGUGAAAACAUCCGGAACACCCAGCAGCUGAGCCUCGUGGCCUCUGUGCUCCUGGCCCAGGGUGCCAGCGAGCAGGUCAGAGGCGUGGGCCAGCGCGUCUUCAAAGUCCUGGAGAGCCGGCAGCCCGAGGGCUCCAGUCUGAGGCACCUCCUCCCAGUCCUGUGGAAAGUCACCGGCCUGGCCCCAGGCACCUUCCAUGAAGACCAGGUCAACCUGCUCAACAAGAGGCUGGUGGACUGGCUCCGCUAUGCCAGUGUCCAGCAGGGGGUGGCACACUCCUCUGGAGGCUUCUUCACACCCAGAGCGCGGCAGCCUGGCCCCAUCACUGAGGUGGAUGGCGCGGUGGCCACAGAUUUCUUCACGGUGCUGUCUACGGGCCAGCACUUCACGGAGGACCAGUGGCUGAACGUGCAGGCCUUCUCCAUGCUGCGGGCCUGGCUUCUGCACAGCGACCCCGAGGGCCCUGGUGCCCCAGAUGCAGACGACAGGUCGGAGCUGGAGGGCUCCACCCUGUCUGUGCUCUCUGCUGCCUCCACCGCCAGCAGCCUGCUCCCCCAGGAGCGACUCCGGGAGAAGGCCCUCGAGUACUGCCAGCGCCUCAUUGAGCAGAGCAACCGGCGAGCCCUGAGGAAGGCGGACUCCGACCUGCAGAAGGCUUGCCUGGUGGAAGCCGUGCUGGUGCUGGACGUGCUCUGCAGGCAGGACCCCUCCCUCCUCUACCGCACCCUCCCCUGCCUGAAGGCCCUGCACACCCGGCUGUGUGGGGACCCUCCCUGCGUGCGGGCGCUGCUGCCUGUCGCCCAGUUCUUCCUGAACCACGGGGAGGCCGCGGCCAUGGACUCGGAAGCCAUCUGCCAGCACCUGUUCACCAGGAUACCUUCUGAACUCUUCCACAGCCCGGUGCUGGCCUUUGAAUUCAUCCAGUUCUGCAGGGACAACCUUCACCUGUUUGGCAGAAACCUGGGCAUUCUCAGAUCAAGCUUCCCCAACCUCUUUAAGUUCCUGGCCUGGAACAGUCCGCCCCUCACCUCCGAGUUUGUGGCCCUGCUGCCGUCACUGGUGGACGCGAGCACGGCCCUGGAGAUGCUCCACGCGCUGUUGGACCUGCCCUGUCUGACUGCGGCCUUAGACCUGCAGCUCAGGUCGUUGCCAACUGUGUCGGCGGAGAGGCCGCUCUGGGACACCUCCCUUAGGGUCCCCAGCUGCCUGGAGGCCUUCCGGGACCCACAGUUCCAGGGUCUCUUCCAGCACCUGCUGCGAGCCAAGGCCAGUGGGACCACAGAGAGGUUGGCGCCCCUCCACCACCUGCUGCAGCCCAUGGCCAGCUGUGCCCGAGUGGUCCAGUGCGCCGAGGCUGUGCCCAUCCUGCUCCAGGUGUUCUUCUCGGCGGUUACGCAGUUCGCUGACGGGGCCCUGAUCAACCAGCUGGCACUGCUGCUACUAGAGAGAAGUGACUCGCUCUACCAGGUGCCCCAGUACGAGGCUCACGUGCACAGGGUACUGAGCUCCCAAUUCCUGGCCCUGUGUAAGCGGCAGCCCUCCCUGGUGGUGGAGCUGGCAAAAGAGCUGCUGGAGUUCGUGGGCAGUGCGAGCGGCGUCCGCAGCAGAGGGAGCAUGCUCACCUGUGUGGUGUGGGCAAUCGGCGAGUACCUGUCGGUGUCCUGGGACCGGCGAUGUACCGUGGAGCAGAUCAACAAGUUCUUUGAAGCCCUGGAGGCGCUGCUGUUUGAGGUCACCCAGUCCCGCCCCUCUGCCACCCUCCCCAAGUGUCCACCACAGGUCAUCACCGUGCUCAUGACCACACUGACCAAGCUGGCCUCCCGGAGUCAGGACCUAAUCCCUCGGGUCUCUCUGUUCUUGUCCAAAAUGAGGACCCUGGCCCAGAGCCCGGCCCUGAGCUCCAUGCACAGUGAGGCGGACGCAGCGGCCAUCUGCACGCGGGCCACCGAACUGCUGAACCUGCUGAAGAUGCCCAGCGUGGCCCAGUUUGUGCUCACGCCCAGCGUGGAGGUGUCCCACCCCCGCUACCACCGUGACAGCAACACGGCGCUGCCCCUGGCCCUGCGCACCGUCAGCCGGUUGGUGGAGAAGGAGGCUGUCUCCUGCCAGGGCGAGGGGGUGGGGACGCCAGUGAGGGGCCUGGUGUGAGGGCCGUGCCAGCUCAGUGAUGAGCGAAGGGGAAGCAGGAGCGUCGGGGCGGACCCAGCUCCCUCCGUGCUGGGAGUGCUGACAACUCUCACUCGCAACCUGCUGAGCUGUGUCCUGCGACAGCCCUGGUUUGUGGCCUUCGCCCCUCUGGGCGCUGGACUGGAGUUGCUUGGUCUGGCCUGUUCGCGUUCUGGAGAGAAGCAGAGGUCCAUAGUGAAAUGAAACCUCCCUUUUAAAGUAGCUGAACAUGGCCUGUCUCUUCGCUUUCCUUCCCUCCACCCAGUGGCAGCUCCCAUAGCUGCAGCAAGUCCAGGGGCGCCACCCGGUGCUGCCAGGCCCGGAGAGCCAACCCUGGGGACCAACAGCCAGGCACCUGGUGCUGUACCUCCCUUCUCAGUGCCGACGUGCAGGGGCUGAACCCACUCGACCCCUGUGUCCUAGAUGUCCCACAAAUAACAUCAUCAACACAGGCAGGCAGGCAGCAGUGUGAGCCCCCAGAGGUGAUAACUGCCACUGGGCAGUGCCCGUCAGGGGCCACCUUCUUGUGCUUCUGAAGUCUGGGUUCCCGACUGCCUGGGCUGGAGGUGCUGUCCCCUUUGCAGACCUGGAGCUUCCUGCGCUUGGGAGGAGGGCAGGGCUCCCAGCGGCCCAGACCCAGCCUCCUGCAGCCUUCUCUGAACAAACUCCCUUCACUUUGUUACUGGAGACAGCUGGGCGUGGUAGGGCAAGGAAGCCCCAUUCCACCCCGCCCCAGGGUGCCUGGGCAGCUUCCGCUGAGUUGGCUGCCGCUGGGUUUUGACUAAAGCCUGUGGCUGAGUCCAGGCUGCACCCUUGCUCCGCCUGGUGCGGGGAUGGGCCUGGGCCAGCAGGUGGUGCUGUUGCCCUGCGAGCCUGGAGCCCAG